CAUCGUGGCGCGACUGCGAGUCCGCUCGCGGAAUUCCGCAAAGUCUCUUCUCGGCGUUUGUUAACGAGAGCGGCUCAGCCUCCGGCUCCGAUUCGCGCGAAGAGAUCGUCGCGGCGACAAGUUCGAAAAACUGAAACGCCCGUUCAUUCGUUUGCUGUGCUCCUCGGUCUUUCUCGCGGACGGUGCCUUUUGACACGACGUUGUCACUCCCACCCUACUCCUCGUCAUCUUCGGAGGGAGAGGGUGGUCACCGACGAGACGCGACUCCACGAGGAUAACUGUUUGUCCGUUUUCGCCCGGCUAUCGACUCGCCUCGGCUUUGGUUUCAACAAUAUAUUGGGAAGCGGUGUCACACCGUCGCCGGUUCGCCAAGGAGAAGGAAGGCUGACGCCCGGUAUCUAGUCUCAUCGGGCACCCGAUCACCAGCCGGCGAUGCCUGCACCGACGUCAGCGGCGGGUGCGGCCGCCGAGGCCGGCCCGCCCCGCACCGAACUGCAGGAGUUACAGCUCAAGGCCGAUCAGACUACGGAUGAGUCCCUGGAGAGCACGAGGCGUAUGCUGGCGCUAUGCGAGGAGACCGAGGAGAUCGGAGCGAACACUCUGACGAUGUUAGACCAUCAAGGCGGUAAGCACAGUUCCCAAAGUAAAACAGCAAUAAGUCAAUGUCUCUCUUGCAAAAAAAAAAAAAAUGAGCGAACGAUUUGCGACAGUUCCUCUCUCUGUCUCGAUGAACAGAUACGACAUGUUCAGUGUAAACAAAAAGAAAACAGAGAGGAAAACAGAUAAAAUGGGAGAUGAAAGAAGGGAGGGUGGGGAAACAAGAAGAAAACAACAGAACUUGAAGGCGCGAAGUGGUAGGGAGAGUGCAACAUACACGUGCGUGCCCUUUGUUAUAACCGUCGAUUUGCGUUUCCCCUCGAGAAGGGCGCGCUUUUUUCUCUAUGUGUGAAUUUACUG